AUGCGGUCGCAAGGAGGUUCCCGGUGUGCAGUCCACUCUGAUUUGGUCAACGACUGUGUGCAGAACAGAGCGGCUGAGAGCCUCACUCCGGCGGAAUCCUUCUGUUCCAUAACUACCCCAACAGAAGCCGUCAGUCCGACGGUGAUCAACGCCCGACAGGACUUGCCUUCGACAUUGACUGCUCAGCGCUCAGCGGGAGCCGACGCGCAUCCAUGCAUCCUGAGCAGGUCACUACACGUGUGGAUCUAUCUAUCAAACAAGCUAAAUGAAAUGCAUUCGAGGCAACGUGCGAGCCUGAUUUCGACAGCAUUCCAUUUGGAGAAAUGUUCUCCAUCCUCUCAGCCUAGUAGAUAA